CGUUCCUCCAAAGUGUUCCUCAUAUUUUGGUCGCGAAUUAGUCAUUCCACAGUCGAUUUCAACCUUGGUCAGCAGCAGCAACGGUUUCGCGUUCAGCUUUUGAAGGUCUGUUUUUCUCUUCAGAGCCGGAGGUCACCGCGAUUUUCGCUCGAUUGCAAUUCAGCCCGAGCAACAGCUGAGCAUAGUUGAAGAGUUUUGUCGGAAUUCUACAGUGCACGCUAGUCCGAGCACAUCCCAACUAAUUACUACAGUGCAAAACAUUACAACUACAACUUAGCAAGUCGUCAGCAAACACAGCACAAUAAUGAGUAGCAACAGCCGGCCCGCGAUCAAGACGAACCGCAUCUCCCGGGACAGCGGCAUUUGCGUCGAAGACGGCACUCAGAGCAACUCGUCGUCGUCGUCGUUGUCUACAUUGCCGUCGAUCGCGGGCGUCAAGAAGCGAUUUCCGGCCGGCGGAGGUCGCAAAAGAUCGUCGUACGUGAGUCGGCUGACGCAGCACUUUGAGAACCUGACCUGCCACGGCACCGGAAGCGACGAAAGUGGCCACUGUUCACCGAUUCCGGCGUACCACUCGGAGUGGGAUUUGCGGGAAGUUCAGCGGGCGAAUCGGGAGGAGCCGGAAGAGCCGGAAGUGGUGCCAGUUGGGGGUAUCGUGCGGAGUGUUAGUGUGGGUCAAAGUGAGGAAGGUGAGGGAGGUGGAUUAGUGAAGGAGGAAAAGAUGGAUGACGCCGUCCAGGUGAUUGAGAAUAUCUACGAAGAGAUUAUGGUGAAAAAGCGAGUUUCGGCCAAACUUGGCGUGAGGAGGGUGAAAACGGCCAAGAUUGAGUCGGUGGAGUGCAAGGAAGAAGUCGACGAUGGUGGUGGAGGUGAUGAUCGACACCAGCUUGGCAGUGGGAAUCACCUUGAUGAGGGUGCAGCUGAUAACAAAGAGGCUUGUGAUAAGAUAUCGGAGGAUGAGUGUGAGAGGGAGACGGUGCAAAGAAAUUUCGAACUAGCAGAAGAAGCUACGGAAGCGCUGGCGACGGUGGCAGAGGCGAGGAAUACGUUUGUGGCUCAUGAGGAGGUCGGCAGUAGUUAUUACGACGAUGAUGAGUUCGAUACCGACACGGAUUCGUUUGAUUCCACGGACGACGAUCACGAAGAAGUUGCUGCCGUCAUGAGUGGUUCCAGGCCGGGUUCGGAUACGUCGAUAAAGUCUGAACGCAUCACCAACAUCAUGAAGGAGCUCCUCGACAACGAGGAAAACUACGUAAACACACUGGGCAAAGGCAUCGAGGACUACGUCAGCGUGAUGCACCAGAAGGACCUGCCGAUGGCACUACGCGGCCAGCGGUACCACAUCUUCGGCAACAUCGAAAAAAUCUACCAGUUCCACCGUGAAAUAUUCCUUCCGAAGCUUCGCGAAAACCGUGCCAGCAUCGCCGGAAUCGCCGAAACUUUCAUCAAGUUCAUCGAAAGUGACCGGUUAUACUGUUACAUUCUAUUCGCGCUAAACCGGCCCAAAUCGGAGAAGAUUUGCAACAAAAACCUGGAGUUCUUCCAGGAGCGCCAACACGCCGUCGAGGACAAACUCGGCCUGAACAGCUUUCUGCUGCAACCGAUCCAGAGGCUGCCGCGGUACAAGCUGCUGCUGGCCGAAAUCAACAAAGAGGUGCUCAAACUGAUCGCCGACAGUCUGCUCGACUCGGUCAAGGACGAGAUCGGAAUCCUGUGCAAGGCUGAAAAGCGACUCGAGCGGUUCAUCGACGUGGUCAACGAAGCCAUGAGCAUCAACGACAUUCAGGAGUGCUACGAGGACUCGUACUCGAUGCAAGCAGACCUGAUCAGUUCGUUUUCGAUAGCGCUUAGCCCCUUGCUCAGUCCCGUAGUAGAUCCCCAACCGGUGUUAAUCCUUCGAGCGCGUAGUAACAAGAAUCACGAGAAAAAUAAACCCCUGAACCUCUUCCACCAGGGCAAGUUCCGCAAAAUGUUCGAAGUGGACAUCUACGACUGGGACCGGCGACGGCGCUACCCGGGCAAGAUGUUCUUCUUCGAAAAGUGCAUCAUCUACACGGAGAAGAUCAAGGAGUACCUGGAGUACCGGGGCCACUACGAGGACUCCGAGGUGGGGCUGUACAACGACGGCAAGUCGCGGGUGUGCGUGUUUGCCCGAAAACGAGGCAUCCAGGAGGUGGAGAUCUCCGGCAGUGACAUCGGGUCCGUCCAGAAGCUGGCCGGGUACAUCGAGGAGGUGAUGAAGAGCUUUGCCAUGCAGGAACGCAACCGGGUCAAGACGAUCAACAGGAACAAGGACCUGCGGUACGAGCAGAGGGUUCCGAGUGUGAUGACCAUCAACCGGGGCAGUGUUGCCAGCACCAAGAGUACCUUCUCGGUGGCCAGCAAUGGCAGUCGUGAUAGCUACGAGUCAACCUCUCAAACCACGUGGGAUCCGGACAAUCCAGUACAGAGCCUGAUCACUGCGCAGAAGCAUUUCUGCCAGAUAUUGUCGGCAAAUAGGAAGUAUUACUUCAAUCAGCUGCCUGAUGGAUUGGCGGAGAAGAUUCGAAACUUUAUUGAUGUUUACGAUCGGAUGGUGGAGGUUCAUUCCAAGAGGAUUUACGAGGACUUUGCCCAGGCUGGCGUAGGAAUCGACGAGCUGUGUGAGCUGUUUAUUUUGUAUUUUCAGGAAAACCUGUUCGACAUCUACAACGACUAUUUGAAGCACUUCAAAAAGGCUGCCGGAAUCAUGAAAAACAUUCAUCGAGCUUCGCGCACCUCAAUCAGCAGCACCUUGGUGGCUCAAACGACGGACGACUUUACCUUUCUUCCGGUGGAAAUGUGGAACAAGUACCAAAACUUCAUCCAAACCCAAAUCGUGCGCAUGUCGGAGCAAAUGAACAGUGACUCAAACGCCGGCACCGACAAGGAACUCUUCCGGAAGUUGGCCUUCGUGGAGGUGCAAAUCACGACGUUCCGCAAAACGUUGAUGCAAAACUAUCGCCUGUUCAACCUGGACGAAAGCCUUUCCGUGGCGAGUCACGGGCUGGUGGUUUACUCGGAACGGGUUCGCUUCGGGAACGAAACCAUCAGCAACCACCGGAUAUUGAUCUGCGAGCGGGCGGCCAUUUGUGUGAGGAUUCAGCUGGCGAAGGAAGUCGAUCGGCAGGUGGAGAAGUUUAACCGGGUUGUGUUUGUGGACAAGUUUGUGCGGGGAGUUCCGGCGGCGAAGCUGAGUAAAAAGUCCGAUAUUAGGGUUAACUUCGAGCUUAACGGGAACAAGCAUCCGGUUGAUUUUGGGACGAAGGCUAGCAAGGAUAAGUUUUUCGGGAAUUACUGUAUGAUGUAUCAGAAGUUGUAUACAGGUUAAAUUGUUUGUAAAGUAUAUUAAAUUUACAAAUUAGUUUUGAUCCGACAAGUAUCGACACAAAAUACAAAGCAAAUGAUUAUAUAAAAAUGAAA